AUGACCUCCGCAAGGGGCACACAGCAACGAAUCCACAGCGGCAAUUGCGACGACAGCAACAACUCUCAGUUGUGCUCUCAGUUGGCGUCCACGUGGGGCCCUGAACACCGCUGUCUAGCUGUUGCCGCUGUGGAUGAAGGUGCUGAACGUGCCGACUGCGUGGAGGGCGUCGCAAGGGUUAUCUUGUCGGGGAUAGUCCAGAUGAUCGAUCAAGCUGCCGCCCUUAGGAAGAAGAAUAGAGCGAGUGUCCGGACGUUGGAGGCGAACAGUGAUCUGGCGCCCGUGACAGCUGGGCCGGCUGAAGCAGCUCAGUCGACCACGUGGGCGGAGGAGGCACUGGGGAUGCAGUUGCGUUCUGGUUGGGCACUGCGGAUGCGGUUGCGUUUUGGUUGGGCGAAGCUUCACGCUCCAGGCAAGAGAAAAGCACGAAAGCCUGCCGUCUGCAGUAUUUAA